CCCUCAAAGAUGCAAGCCGUGCCAUCAUUAGAGUUGAAGAUGACAGACCUACACCAGAGGUUAUAGUGGACAAGAAACUCGGCGAAGGGGGCUAUAAUGAGGUAUAUCUGGUAUCUUGGGAAACUUUCUGGCUGGGACGACUCUACGAGAUCCAAGUCUUUCGCUUUGCGCCUUCCGAAAGCAGAUUCUCUGCUGCCUCAUCAGAUAUUAAAUGAGGUCGCUUCCAUAUCCAUGAUAUCCGCACGUUGCCCCAAUAUUCUAGUCCCUAAGAUAUACGCAUCCAGCGCCGAAGGACCGAACCCAUUUGUCGCUCAAGAAUACAUUGAUGGCGAACCUUUGAGCACUAUAUGGAAUCGCUAUACCGAGACGGAGAAACAUUCCGUUGCGCUCACGAUCGCCGAGAUAAUUGUUGACAUGGGGGAGACGCGUUUCAGUGCUAUAGGCGGGUUUGUUAGUGGCACAAGCACCCUUGGACCGACCGUGGAGGGAAGCAAGAUAUUCAAGGGACGGGACAAAUUUCAUUCCAAUAGAUGCUACCCCAUCGGUCCGCACAAAACCACAAAGGAAUAUAUUCUCGCUUGCUAUGACAAAGAGAUAUACUACUAUACCCAUGCUCCCGCGUCCGAUAUCGACUCAGACCUUUUCGAACACACGUCUCUUGAAGAUUUCGUACAGCACCUCCGAGAUAAGAGACGUGAACUUGAGACUAGUUUCGUUGCCGAAGACGAGCCAUUUGUGCUCGUGCAUGGAGAUUUUCACGGUCGAAAUAUCAUCAUGCAAGGUACGCGGGUGCAAGCUGUCCUGGAUUGGGAGUUCGCAGGUGCAUAUCCUUUGGGUGAGCUGUUGGGAGGGAUGGGAGUCGAUGUCUUGGAAGUCGAGGACGAAGAAUCAGACGCGGAGAAUACACUGUGGAGCAGGGAGAUUGUGCGUAGGGUCGAAGAGACGGCCAGACAAAGAGGAUGGGGUAGGAAAGAGUUGACAUCAUUAUUGGGUAACGGAGAUCCCAUCCUCGGGUAUGCAAGGGUAGAAAUGUUUCCGGCUGAACAGUGAGUUGGGUAGUUCUUUUCUUUUCAACUUUCAUUAGUCCUUUAUGACGAAUCCGACGUCGCGGUUCUUCACCCCAUCACUAGUA